GGACGUCACGUGAGGGUCCAGGGCGGCCCUGUUGCCUGGCGACGGCUUUGGGCUCCGAGCCUCAGCCGCAACCCUCCAGGCCUUCAUUACGAGAAGCCCUGGCCAUGGCCACGUCGGCUGACGCGCCCUUCUCUGUGGGCAACGGGGUGCCUGAGACUGAGAAGAGCGCGGGAGAGGCCGAGACCACCUAUAUUCUGCGGCCUGUUUUUCAGCAAAGGUUCAGGCCCUCUGUCGUUAAAGACUGUAUCCAUGCUGUGCUCAAGGAAGAGCUGGCAAAUGCUGAAUAUUCUCCGGAAGAAACGCCUCAGCUCACGAAAUGUUUGUCAGAAAACAUUAAAGAUAAAUUAAAAGAAAUGGGAUUUGACCGAUAUAAAAUAGUGGUGCAAGUAGUGAUUGGAGAACAAAGAGGUGAAGGAGUGUUCAUGGCUGCUCGAUGUUUCUGGGAUGCUGACACUGACAACUACACUCAUGACGUUUUCAUGAAUGACAGUUUAUUCUGUGUUGUAGCAGCAUUCGGCUGUUUCUACUAUUGAGUCUUUGGGAAAAGAUACGACUAUGAAGAAAUCUCAACUUUUUUAUAUUGUUAAAUAUCUUGACAAAAUAAAGAUAAAUUGAUAGUUUGGCAACUGAA